AUGGAGCCAAGAGUUCUAUCUCCGGAACAACAGGCUGCCUUGGAUGCAGUUGACAAGCCAGAAAACCAAGGAAAAAGGGUAAAGAAGGAAACGACUGAGAAGGAUGAAUCUAAGCCUUCCAAAUCAAAGAAGCGAAAGUCGGAGAAAGAGAGUUCUUCUAAGCUGAAGAAGGUAAAAAGAAUGGCAAGAAAAUCCAAGAGUCCGACUCCCCCAGACUCAGGUAACGACGAUGAUGAAGUAAUGGAAUCUCGUCAGGAAUCUCCAAGAGGUAAUACUCCACCCAAAUCUCCCACUCCAACCAAAUCUCCUUCUCAUAAACUUCCAACCCCACCUCCAUCACCGAAAUCGAAAGUUACAGUUUCGGUUGUUCUUACAUCAACCUCUGUUUCAACACCACCAGUUACUUCUAUUUCCAUUCCUACAACCACUUUCACCACUACAAUAUCACAAGCACCACCUAUGUCUUGUACACCAGUUUCUUCUACACCUAUUUCUACAAUACCUUUACCUCCUAUCAUUACCCAAACCACCACCACUACACUUCCUGAACAGACAGUGGAGGUCAACGUAUCUAAUAUGGUGGAAACUACUGACAUCCAACCUCCUGUCAUCACUAAACCACUUUCACCAACCAACUCAACCGGUUCUGGUGCUACUCUAGACAAUGAUGCUCCUGUCAACCGCCAACAUUUGCAGAGCAUUCAUGAAAAGUUGGAUCAGUUACUUGAAGAUAACAAAGCUUAUGGUGGGGUGGUUCUUAAAGCUUUUGUGGAGACUACCAUAGAGCAAUAUACAAAGGCUAUGGAUGAAUCAACUGAUGCAAUCAAAGAAUCAGAUUCUACUUGUAGAAAAGCCUCUGUCGAUGUUGCUGAAGUUAUUCAAACAAUGCAAAUCUUUUUGGAUUCUUUAAAAGGGUAUGCUGAUACGAAUGCUGCCAGAGUACGUGAAUCAGUCGAAUCUCUUUCACAGUCUCUACAAGAAGAACAAAAGAAGUUUGCUAAUGUUCGUUCCUCCAUCCAAGCCAAAAAUACUUUCCUUAUAAGUUCAGUUUCCUCUCGGCUGGACUCACUUCAUGCCGAUAUUGCCAAAGAGAGUGCUUUGAGAGAAGUAAUUGCUCACCAAGCCUCUACCAUUGAAGUUCAAAAAGUUCACCUUGCUCAAGUCGAGAAGGAGAUUACCUUGUUCAAAACCGAGAGAGCUGUCUUCCGAAGCUGUGCAAGUGAUGUCAAGGACAAUGUGACCAAUCUCCUUGGUGCUCAUGAUCCAAUUCUCACUCCAUUAGAAAUCAUCUUGCUGGCAAACUGCUUCCUGCCCUUGCAAUACUUCAUGAGAUGA